AUGUCAUCGAAACCCGGUCCUCAGCUCCUCGGCCUCGCACCAGAGAUAGUCGAGAAUGUCAUCAAGCAAGUCAGCGUGAGGCGAGAUCUAUCAAACGCGCGGCUGGCUUGCAAGACUUUAGACAAGCAUGCCGCGAAGGAGCUCUUCAAAGAUGUGUUUGUCUCACCGUUGAAAGAGCACAUGAGCACUUGGAACAGUAUCAGCCAGGAUCAUCUUAUUCGGCAGCUACCUCGUCACGCGAUCAUUCACACGCAAUCAGAUAUCGAGGACCACGGCCUCGGCUGCUAUAGAGAGAAAGAGGAGGUUGAUGAGGAGUUUGAGGGCGCCGUCGCUGCGUUGUCAAGGUUCCCUAACUUAGAUCCCGUGGAGAUUGGCUUCACUCCAGAAUGUGUAGGUGUCGACAAGAGGCAUUACCAAGAAGUGCCGGAGGAGGUGUCGGAGCGCCAGGACAGAUUGAGGCUCGUCUUCCAAGCCAUCAAGGAUAGGGCGGCGGACGAGAACAACAGGACAAUCCGCAAGUGA